ACACAGUAGUGAGGAAGACAUCCAGUGAGUGUGAGACAUCCAGCAUACAUCCCAAUGUGUCGGGAGGACUGAGCACGAGCCAGAGCCCCAUCCUGGUGCCACCACCUCUCUCACUGACACAUGAGAGACACAAUGACCAGAGGAUCCUGGAACUCACCAACAAGAUCAUUCAGCUGCUGACUGGAGAGGAGGGGGAGUAUAUAGAGGAACACAGGGGUCUGUACAAGGACGUGAUGAUGGAGAAUCACCGGCCCCUCACAUCACUGGAUGGGCCCAGUAACAGAGAUACCCCAGAGAGAUGUCCCCGUCCUCUGUAUUCCCAGGAUUGUACAGAGGAGAAUCACAGGACCCCACAGGAGGAUCAGAGUGAAGAACUAACUGAUAUAAAAACAGAAGAUAUAAAGAAAGAAGCCAAGAUGCUUGUGACUUAUAAUAAGGCAGAAGAUACAGAGGGAGAAGAAGAGACAUCUAUAAGGAGUGUUCAGUGUAAGGUGGAGGAAAUUCCUACAGAUAUCAGCAAAGAUGGAUGCAAUACAAGGAAUACCUCUGAGGGACAUCUUGUUUGGUCUCCAGAUUGUAAAUUAGAAGAUAAGAACAUCACACGAGGAUCUCCAGAAGAAAACUGCAUUAAACUAAAUAUACAUCCAGCACUUCACAGUGCAGAUAUAUCAUCUGAUCCAUCUAUUAUUGAGGAAUGUUCUCCUGGUAACUCACAUACUACUGCACCUAGUACAGGUCAUUGCGGUGAUACAAUAAUUUCCUCUUCUAAAAUUGGGAAAUGUUUUACACAUAAACAAGCUCUUGUUAAACAUAAGAGCAGUCACGUAAGUAAGAAGCCUUUUCCAUGUUCUGAGUGUGGGAAAUGUUUUACACAGAAAUCAGAUCUUCGCAGACACCUGAUGCGUCACAUGGGUGAGAAACCAUUUCCAUGUUCUGAGUGUGAGAAAUCUUUUAUAGAUAGAUCACGUCUUGUUAUACAUGAGAGAAUUCACACAGGUGAGAAACCAUUUCCAUGCUCUGAAUGUGGGAAAUGUUUUCCAUGUAAAAGAUAUCUUACUAUACAUGAAAGAAGUCACACAGGUGAGAAACAAUUUCCAUGCUCUGAAUGUGGGAAAUGUUUUACAAGUAAAAAAGAUCUUACUACACAUGAAAGAAGUCACACAGGUGAGAGGCCAUUUCCAUGCUCUGAGUGUGGAAAAUGUUUUACUCAGAAAUCACAUCUUGUUGUACAUCAGAGAAUUCACACAGGUGAGAAACCUUUUCUAUGUUCUGAGUGUGGGAAAUGUUUUACAAACAAAUCAGAUCUUAUUAAGCAUAACCUAAGUCACACAGGUGAGAAGCCAUUUCCAUGUUCUGAGUGUGGAAAGUAUUUUAUAAAAAAAUCAAAACUUGUUGCACAUGAGAGAAGUCACAAAGGUGAGAAGCCGUUUAGAUGCUCUGAGUGUGGGAAACGUUUGACAUCGAAAGGACAUCUUGUUGUACAUCAGAGAAUUCACACAGGUGAGAAACCAUUUCCAUGUUCUGAGUGUGGGAAAUCUUUUGUAGAGAAAUCAAAUCUUGUAAAACAUCAGAGAUGUCACACAGGUGAGAAACCAUUUACAUGCUCUGAGUGUGGGAAAUCUUUUGUGCAGAAAUCAUUGCUUGUUAUACAUGAGAGAAGCCACACAGGUGAGAAACCAUUUAGUUGCUCUGAGUGUGGGAAAUGUUUUAAAGCUCAGUCUUCUCUUUUUGCACACAAAAAAGUUCACACAGAUGAGAAGCCAUUUCCAUGCUCAGAGUGUGGGAAAUGUUUGAAAACGAAAUCUUCUCUUUUUACACACAUGAAAAUACACACAGGUGAGAAGUAUCACUGACCUGAAUUGAGAGUGUUGUGAACUCGGGGGUUCUUCCGAUGGUCGGGAAGAGGAACCACAGCUGGGCCGGAGUAGAGAUAGCCGGAUAUAGGUUUUCCUCAUGCAGAAAUUUAACAGUUAUAAUUGAUGUCAAAUGCCAUGAACUUUAUGAUGAGAAGGGUCGGGCACGAUGCUGAGGCACAUAGAAGAAUGGGGACUUGUGAGCGAUGUUUAAAGACACUGAUGAACUCGUGAGCGAUAUUUAAAGACACUGAUGAACUCGUGAGCGAUGUUUAAAGACACUGAAGAAAUGAAGAACUCGUGAGCGAUGUUUAAAGACACUGAAGAAAUGAAGAACUUGUGAGCGAUGUUUAAAGACACUAAAGAAAUGAAGAACUUGUGAGCGAUGUUUAAAGACACUGAUGAACUCGUGAGCGAUGUUUAAAGACACUGAAGAAAUGAAGAACUUGUGAGCGAUGUUUAAAUACACUGAUGAAUUUGUGAGCGAUGUUUAAAGACACUGAAGAACUCGUGGACGAUGUUUAAAGGCACUGAUGAACUCGUGAGCGAUGUUUAAAGGCACUGAAGAAUUGAAGGAUUUGUGAGCGAUGUUUAAAGACACUGAUGAACUCGUGAGGGAUGUUUAAAGACACUGAAGAAAUGAAGAACUUGUGAGCGAUGUUUAAAGACACUGAUGAACUCGUGAGCGAUGUUUAAAGACACUGAAGAAAUGAAGGACUCGUGAGCGAUGUUUAAAGACACUGAUGAACUCGUAAGCGAUGUUUGAAGAUACUGAAGAAAUGAUGAACUCGUGAGCGAUGUUUAAAGGCACUGAAGAAAUGAAGAACUUGUGAGCAAUGUUUAAAGACACUGAUGAACUCGUGAGCAAUGUUUAAAGACACUGAUGAACUCGUGAGCGAUGUUUAAAGGCACUGAAGAAAUGAAGAACUUGUGAGCAAUGUUUAAAGACACUGAUGAACUCGUGAGCGAUGUUUAAAGGCACUGAAGAAAUGAAGAACUUGUGAGCAAUGUUUAAAGACACUGAUGAACUCGUGAGCGAUGUUUAAAGACACUGAAGAAAUGAAGAACUUGUGAGCGAUGUUUAAAGACACUGAAGAAAUGAAGAACUUGUGAGCGAUGUUUAAAGACACUGAUGAACUCGUGAGCGAUGUUUAAAGGCACUGAUGAACUCGUGAGCGAUGUUUAAAGGCACUGAAGAAAUGAAGAACUUGUGAGCGAUGUUUAAAGACACUGAUGAACUCGUGAGCGAUGUUUGAAGACACUGAAGAAAUGAAGAACUUGUGAGCGAUGUUUAAAGACACUGAAGAAAUGAAGAACUUGUGAGCGAUGUUUAAAGACACUGAUGAAUUUGUGAGCGAUGUUUAAAGACACUGAAGAAAUGAAGAACUUGUGAGCGAUGUUUUAACACUGAUGAACUCGAGAGCGAUGUUUAAAGACACUGAAGAAAUGAAGACCUUGUGAGCGAUGUUUAAAGACACUGGAGAAAUGAAGAACUUGGGAGCGAUGUUUAAAGACACUGAAGAAAUGAAGACCUU